AUCGUCAUGGAUCCCAACAUCCAAACCGUCUUCGAGAUGCCGCUCAGCGGAUGAUGAUGGCCAAGGCGGACCUGAACAACAUCGUCAACCACAUUCGCUGCUUUAGCCGAUACUCGACCACUACUCCCGACCUAGGCUCAAUAUCUCGCGCCCGUAGUGACCGCACCGAGAGAACUCGAGCAGCUCGUCGAUCACCUUCGUGCAGUAUUGAACCAGCGACAGCCAGGCAUGAUGCCCGUUCACGCUGCUGCCCAGGUCGCUCAGCAACCGAGACCAGCCAUGAUUGCGAGAACGCCACCACCGCCCGGUAUUCCAAUACCGCCACCGCCAGUUCAUGUGUACCAGCAACUCGUUCAUCCACCAGCACCUCGACAAGUCAUCCAAAAUGUCAUGGUGCCACGUUUGGAGGCUCCAUUUCGCUCUCCCGCACCGAGACAGCAAACAUCCGACUCCGUCUGCUCCAACGCCACAACCUGAGAGCAACCUUCCGUCAUACGCGCCCUCAGGUGUUCAAAACCACGUUGACCACCACUGCGACGACGCAACCAGCCGAGUCCCGCCCGGAUUCAACGCGUCAAGUCGAUGAGGUGAACGAAUACGCUCGCUAUUCACCGGUGUUGUCAUCGUGGGCCAAGCAGAGGAGUUUGCCAGAUGAUUCGGAGACAGAGUCGGAGCAUGGAAUCGAUUAUCAGAUUCCAGAGACCGAUUACAUAGAUCCAAAUGAUCCACGGUCUACAAUGCCGACUCUGGAGGAAGCCGUGGCUCGUUCUGAAAAAUCGAGGCCCGUAAAAAAGCAUUCCGAGAGGCCGAGGAGAGGAUGA